AUUUCCAUGUCCUUACAGUUUUCCAUCACUCUUCUUGACCUUUCCUCAUGCAUUUUUUCUACACAACAAUUUCAACAGAGUGAUAAACACGUCAAGAAAAAUCAAUGACAAGGACUCAACUGCAUCAUACCAGUACAUAACAACAACAAGGUUGACUUGACUUGACUCUUUCCACUGCAGUUUAAACCCUAAAAAAUCUCAAACAAUUUUCAAUCUCACAAACAUUAACACAACAAACAUGAUCAUGAAUUCCUUCAACCUUCUAUUCAUGUUCUUCCUCACAAAUUUUCUCCUAACCUCAACCAUUACAGCCACCACCCCCACUUACCUCUUCCAAUUCUGCACAAAAAAUCAAACCAACCCCAACAGCGUCUACCACUCAAAACUCAAAACCCUUUUCUCUUCACUAUCAUCCAACGCCACUAACAACCAUGAAUUCUACAACACCACAAUUCCUAGCAAAAACCCUUCCAACACAGCAUACGGCCUUUUCAUGUGCAGAGGCGACGUUUCCUCUAACCUCUGUCAACAAUGCGUCGCAAACGCAACACAGACACUAUCAACAGACUCAGAUUGUUCCUCAUCCAAACAAGCUGUUAUCUGGUACGACGAGUGCAUGGUUCGAUACUCCAACACCUCCUUUUUCUCCACCGUCGCUACACGUCCAGGUGUUUUCCUAGUGAACUCUGCUAAUAUAACAAACCAGGAAAGCUUCAAUAGUUUGUUGUCUGUUACUAUGAAGGAAUCAGCAGAUAAAGCAGCUGCGAAUUCUUCUGUUGGUGCUAAGAAAUAUGCUACAAAGGAAGCUAGUAUCUCUGGAUUUCAGACGCUGUACAGUUUGGCUCAGUGUACAGACGAUUUAUCUUCACAAGAUUGCAGUUCUUGUCUUAGUGAUGCCAUUGGAUAUCUUCCACAGUGCUGUGAUGGAAAACAAGGAGGAAGAGUUUUAUUUCCUAGCUGUAAUAUUAGGUAUGAAUUGUACCCUUUUUAUACAAACAUUACUCCCUCACCACCGCCUUCAACAUCACCAGCGUCUCCGGUACCUCCAGGGAUUCUUUCACCAACAAGCACUCCUAAUUUUGGAGGUAGUAAUGGAAUCUCAUCAAGGACAAUUGUUGCAAUUGUGGUUCCAAUUACAGUGGUCACGCUGCUAUUUAUCGUAGGAAUUUGUUUCUUAUGUAUAAGAAGGGGGAAGAAGAAGCAUGACUCUGCAGCACAAGAACCAAAAACUGAAACUGAUAUAACUACUGUGGAAUCCUUGAGAUUUGAUUUGAGUACACUUGAAGACGCUACAAACAAAUUCUCAGAAGCUAAUAAGCUAGGAGAAGGUGGAUUUGGUGAGGUUUACAAGGGCGUGCUUCCGAGCGGACAACAAAUUGCUGUCAAGAGACUCUCUAAACACUCGGGACAAGGUGGAGAACAAUUUAAGAAUGAAGUUGAACUGGUUGCACAGCUUCAACAUAGAAAUUUGGCUAGGCUUCUGGGAUUUUGCUUGGAAAGAGAAGAGAAGAUACUAGUUUAUGAAUUUGUAGCCAACAAAAGUCUUGACUAUAUUCUUUUUGAUCCUGAAAAACAAAGGCUAUUGGAUUGGACAAGACGUUACAAGAUUAUUGGAGGGAUCGCUCGAGGCAUUCAAUAUCUUCAUGAAGAUUCAAGGCUUAAAAUAAUUCAUCGGGAUCUCAAAGCUAGCAACGUAUUGUUGGAUAAAGAUAUGAAUCCAAAAAUCUCUGAUUUUGGUUUGGCAAAAUUAUUUGGAGUGGAUCAAACUCAAGGAAAUACCAGCAGGAUUGUAGGGACAUAUGGUUACAUGUCUCCGGAGUAUGCAAUGCAUGGAGAUUUCUCUAUUAAGUCUGAUGUAUACAGUUUUGGAAUCCUCGUUAUGGAGAUUAUAAGUGGCAAGAAGAACAGCUCUUUCUAUGAAACAGGUGUUGCCGAGGAUUUAAUUUCCUAUGCGUGGAAUCUUUGGAAGAAUGGAACACCUUUGGAAUUGGUAGACCACACAAUAAGAGAAUCCUAUACUCCAAAUGAAGCUAUAAGAUGCAUCCAUAUUGGUUUAUUAUGUGUCCAAGAAGAUCCAGACGAUAGACCUACAAUGGCAACAAUAGUGCUUAUGCUAGAUAGUCACACUGUUACUCUACCGGUACCGAUGCAGCCUGCAUUUUUUCUACAAAGUGGAGCUGAUCAGCACAUGCCUACAAUACAGAUUAGUCAAUCUGAUACCCGUUGAAUACCAAAGUCCGUCAGCGAGAUGUGUGUUUGUAAUUAAAUCACGAUAAAGCUAUAAAAUACGAUAUUUUAGGAGUAUCGUCUAUUGAGUUCAAAACCUUGUAAAUUUGUAAUAUUGUGUAUUGGCUUAUUUUUCAAUAUGGAAAAUAAUAACAUGUAUCUGUCAGACACUCCUCUAGUUGCAGCAGAAACACAGCAUGUUGUAAGAUAUAAGGUUUCUGCAACUCAAGUAUAAACCUCCAUUACUUUCAAUCCAAAAUAAAACAAACAAACAAAAGGGAGUUUGUCUUUUGUUGGUACUAGCUGAUGUAAUCAAGUAUGUUCCUCCUAUGUUAAUAUCUCAUUCCACCAUUUUCAAGCCAUCAAAUUUGAGUAUUUUAAAGUACCUUGAUAGUCUCACAUGUUGAAUAUUAAUAUUUUCAAAAAGUAAUGUUUCCAAUUCCAACCAAUGACAGUUAAAUGAGUGUUUGACUCUUCAAGUAGCUUCUGUUACGGUCAGAACAAGUGUCGCUACCAUUUCCCUCAUAAAUUUCAGACAAAACAAACAUACAGAAACAGAACCAGAGAUGCAUAUCUUCAAAUCAUCAACAGUUACAACCACCCAAUUGAUUCUAGUUGCAUCCUUGGUAACUUAACUUCCAUUUCCAUUUGAAGCUUCUCCAAUAUGCAACUACCACGCCUGCACAGAUACCUCUUAUUACAAACCAAACUCAAAUUUCCAAACCAUUU